AUGGCAGAGUUCGUUGAAGCAAGCUUAGAAAAUUUGUUACCGGCGCUGGAGGAAAUUGCUGCUGUCCAGUUACUAACAACUCAAGAGAUCAGUGUAUUUGUGAAACGCUGUCGGAGGUAUGAAUACAGACUACAGAAAAGAGAAAAGACUCCGGAGGAUUUUCAAAUAUAUGCAGAUUACCUCUCUGACUUGCUGGACCUUCUGUCCUUCAGAAGAACUAAAGUGAAGGCCGAGAAAAAUUGGAGUAAAAUAAAACGUGAAGUUGUUAGAAAAAUAACCAGCUUACUGAGAAGAUGUUGUGAAAGAUUCAAAGGUCAAAUGGAGCUCUGGAGAAAGUUAUUCAGUUUUCUACAAAAAAAUAACUGUAAUGGCGAUUUGAGUAAAGCCUAUACAUCUUGUCUCCAGUAUAAUAACAGAAACGUAGAGCUGUACGGAGAGGCUGCAAAGUUUGAAUUGGUGCAAAACGCUAGUGUCGAAAAUGCUCGUGUUGUUCUUCAAUUAGCCUUACGAAGACAUACUGAUUGUGCCCAUUUGUUUAGUAUUUUCUUCGAAAUUGAAGUUUUAUACGUGGAAAAGAUAUUAUCCCGUCGUGAAUUCUUGAGCUCAAAUGGUAAAAAAAAAUCUGACGAGGAAAACGAGCCAGAGUUGAAUGUUGAAGAUAUUUCGGAUGCUAUACUUAAUCUUCGAGUGGCUGAAAUCGUUUUGAAAAACGCAGUUCGCUCUGUGAAAGAAUGCGAUAAAGGAGACAUGUUGAACGAAAUGUGGAUUAUCUUAUUCCAAGCAAAAGCGGCUAACAAGGAAUGUGUUGAGAGAGUUAGAAACGCUAUUGAAACAGAGAUUGAAAACCUUACUCAAGAGUGUAAACACUCUUUCCUCGCUACGAAAGCUUCCCUGGAGGGAAAGAAUGUUUAUGAUGUUUUUGAUGAGGCUAUCCAAGUGUGUCCGACGCAAGAUAUGUAUAGGAAAUACUUGAAGUAUUGUGGAAACCAUCCAGAAGAUCCAAUAUCCAAAGCGAAAGCAUCGCUCGUUUUAGGUAAACUAAUGGAGAACGGUUGGGCGACUGAACAAGAUUAUAAAGCUUCGCUUUCGAAUGUUAACUUAAUCCUUGACCAAGCCGAUGUUGAAAAGGUUUUGGAUCACGCCAUCAAGGAUCAUCCGGAGUCUGCAGUUUUCUGGACGAAAUACAUUCAAAACAAAAUAAAAAACUCACGAAUUACUGAAAAAAAUAUUCCUGAGUUUUUUGAUUUAUUCAGUAAAGCUCUUGAUAAAAUUUCUUCGGAUGAUGGAACACCUAUCUGGGAACUUUUGAUUGACUUUAGUGUUGAACAUUCGCAAAAGAAUGUCGAGAAGAUUUUCGACCGUGCCUUCUUAGUGGCUUCACCAGUUGUCUCUUCUCAAAUCAAAAUUGUUAGAAUAAACUAUUUGAAUGCUCUUGUCUCAGAACAGAAAAUUAGUAAUGAGGAGCGUACAACUGAGUUACAUAAGCUGAUUCAACAAAAACCAAACGAACCAAACUUCUAUUUACGUGCUGCUGAAGAGGCUCUAUCAUGGCCAGUCCCUGAUAUUUCCUUGGCCAGGAAAUGCUUCGAUGCUGCAGUAUCAGAACACUCAACCAGUAGUCCAGAAUCAUGGCUCGCGUACAUCAAAUUUUCAUACGAUCAUGAUGUCAACCAAAUCUCCAAGUUACAUCAGAGAGCUAUGACUAGUCUUGAUAAGCAGUUUGCGCAGGACUUUAUCACAGGAUGGACGCUGUUGAGUCAUAGGGAAGCAGAAAAGGCUAUAAAAACGGAAUCCGACGCGGUGAAGAGAUCGAUCGGAGAUGUUAAAGAUGAAAUAAUGUCUUCCUGGGCUGAACAGUUUGAAGAGCAGGAAAAAGCCGAGGAAUCUCUGCCAAGAACCAAUAUGUUCGCUAAUGCUCAAGCAAGUCAUUCUCCUCACCCUCCACAACAUUCUUUUGGAGUGUCUUCAAGAGGAGGUGGUAGAGGGUUCCAAACGGGGAAUGCUGUCUUCAAUCCGAAUUUGUUUUCUGUUUCAAGAGGUUCUCCUACUGUUAAUAGAGGAAGAGGAAGGGGAGCAUCUAAUUUCGUUCCAGCAGUUCAACAAAAACAGUCACUGGACGAAUCAACUAUAGAUAAUCCGAUGACUCCUGAGGAAAUUGCUCUUCUCAAUAAAUUCCUCCAUAAAAAAGUUCAAAUGAUGAGAGAGGGAACUGUCGAUGUUCAGAAGCAAAGAGCGGAUCCAACAAGCCCUCUGCAUUCUGUAAUUGCGUUCAGGGAACUCAGAAUCAAGCCAGAGUUACUUAAAGCUUUAGAUCUGAUGGGAUUCGAACAGCCAUCGAAAAUCCAAGAGUUCGCUUUACCUCUUCUGCUUAUGGAACCACCUACCAAUCUGAUUGCUCAAUCUCAAUCUGGAACCGGUAAAACCGCUGCUUUCGUUCUGACAAUGUUAUCGAGAGUUAAUGUCGAGAAGAAAAUGCCUCAAUGUCUUUGUUUGGCUCCAACGUACGAAUUAGCGAGGCAAAUAGGAGAAGUUAUGACGGAAAUGUCCAAGUUCAUGGGAGAUUUCAAAAUACAUUACGCUGUGAAAGGAAGUACAGUUAAUCGUGGGCAAACUUUGACAGAACAAGUUAUUAUUGGAACUCCUGGAAGAGUUAUCGAUUACAUUACCAAAUAUCGUGCUUUUGACCCAGCAGAGAUUAUCUGUAUUGUCUUAGAUGAAGCCGAUGUUAUGAUAAGCCAGAGAGGACAUCUUGACCUGAGCUAUAGAAUUUACAAUGCCGUUUCACAAGCUUCUCCAAAUGUACAAGCCAUGCUUUUCUCGGCUACAUAUGAUCCUCCUGUUAUGGAGUUUGCGGAAAAACUCAUAAAGGACGCUGUCUCAGUUACUCUGAAAAGAGAAGACCAAGCUCUUCCUAAUAUUAAACAGUAUUAUGUUGAGUGCCAUAGCAGAGACGCUAAAUUCAAGGCUGUCUGCGAUUUGUACAGUGGUUUAGUGAUCGCGUCAUCUGUUAUUUUCACUCAUACUAGGAGCAGUGCAACCUGGAUAGCGAACAGAAUGCUGGAAAGAGGACACGACGUCGCUGUGUUACACGGAGAUAUGACAGUUAAAGAGAGAGCUUUAGCAAUAGAGCAGUUCAAAGAAGGCUACUAUAAAGUACUAAUCACUACUAAUGUUUGUGCUAGAGGUAUCGACGUUUCUCAAGUUUCGAUAGUCAUUAACUAUGAUGUACCAUAUUAUAUGGAUAACAGAGAGGAGCCGGACUUUGAAACAUAUAUACACAGAAUCGGAAGAACUGGUAGGUUUGGUAAAUCGGGCAUUGCCAUUAAUUUCGUUGAUACUCAUCAAGCUUACAAUAUGAUCAAAAAGAUCGAACAGCACUUUGGAAAGGACAUCGUAAAACUAGAUCCAAGCGACUUGGCCCAGCUAGAAGAUAUUGAAAAGGACAACUAG